AUGGCCGAGUCACCCCGGCAGGCAACGGCAGAGGCAGAGGCAGAAGCAGAGGCAGUGGUAGAGGCACAGACAGAGCCGUCACUGCUACCGCAGGAGCUGGUCCAGCUCUGGUGCUCCGACACGCACGUCCCGGACCCGGUGCCUGCUCCCGCGGCCAUAGACCCCCGAUCGCCAUGCAACACCAUCACGCUGCAGGAGAUGACCCGACUCCUGGGCCCGGUGCACUACGUGCGCGCCGACGACAACAACAACAACAACAACCCGCAUCGGCACCGCGGGCUCGUCGGCACGAAACUCCUCCAAAUCGAACACGCCGAGGUGAGCGUACUGAGGCAGGAGGUCUUCUGCGUCGUGGCCGACGCGGCAUGGCCGAUCGUGCUGAACAGGUCGAUGAAUGUCGUCAACGCGGGGCCUGAGAUCCAUGUUUUGGGCGGCGGGGCCGUCGUCUCCAAGGAAGAACAACGACGGAAGGAAGAAGCCCGCGCCCGGGCCAAGAAGAGAGAAGAACAACGAAUCAAGGAAAGAGAAGGAAAAGGCGGGGAAGAUUACAUAAACGACGAGAAGGACAGGAAGUUGCUCAAGCAGGGAUCACAGGGGGAGGGAUCACAGGGCCAGGGACAGGGACAGGGACAGACGCAGACGCAGACGUGCACGCAGACACCGAAUCAAACCCAAACUCAAACGCCGACUCAAACGCAGACGCCGUCCACAUGA